AUGCCGUGUCUGCUACUGCUGCUCACCACGGCGCUCCAAGGUUGCCGUCUGCGACAACUGACACAUGGCAAUGGAUUCGUGAUGCGACACUCAAGCUGGCGCAGGGACAGCGACAUGCCGAGCAACUUUGCCCCUUCGCGCGUCUACUUUUGGCGACACCGGAUCCGCAGCGGCGCUCUACACCACAAUUCACUGUUCGACAACGUCAUCAUCCACAUGGUCGUCACCUUCCACGACGUUCACCUGUCAAUCGACACUGCCGCCCAACUACAACAUCUGCUGCACAAUCGUGUCCGAUACGUCGACGAGCACAUGUACAAGCGUCUACGCCACGCAACCAGCCGAACUUCAACAGCGACAAUCGCCCUCACCUCCAUCGCGCUGACU